AUGGAUAAUAAACAGCAAUCUAAAACGUCAUUCAUAGAAUCAACUGUUGCGGCCGCCAAGGCUGCUCUUGAAAAAGCUAAAAGAGGACGUAAAGGGUAUAAUCCUGAUGAUGUCGAUCUUAAAAAACAUAAUUAUGAUUCAAAAUCCAACGCUCAAAUAACAAAUAGUAAACCUUUCACGAACAUUUUAAGCUUGAAGGUUGAUUCUUUGGGUAGGCCCAUUGACGAUGAUGGUAAGGUCAUUGAGCUUAAGCCUAAAAUGCAGUGUACCCUUAAAAUCAACCAAAAUAUGCAAGAUGAACGGGUAAAUAAGGUAGAAGAAAGGGUGAUUAAGAAGCAACCUGAAAAGAAACCAGAACGAGUUCAGGGAUGGCACGAUCCUACAAUUAUAGAAAAGAAAAAAAAUCGAAAAAUGGCAUUUUGUUUCGUUGAAAAGGAUAAAUAUGUUAAAUUAGAGCGGCAAAUGCAAAGGGAAAUUGAAGAUAAGACUUUGUGUUCCGAUAUGAAGAAGCUUGUUCACCAAAAGAAGAAGUAUCUAGAGAUACAGGAGAGAAGAUUGAAGGAAAUGCUUGAAUCUAAGAAUAAAUCUAAGCCAGAUGCUAUUGAAGAAGAAAAGAAAAUAGAUAUUGGUAAUGAUCCAAACAUUAUGCCAACUUGUGAAGAAGAGGUUAAAUCAUGGGAGGAAGACCCUGAAGUUGAAUGGUGGGAUUUGGCUAUAUUAAAAAAAUACGAGUCAACCGAAUCCAGAGACCCUAACUACCAACCAUAUCUACCAUUGUUAUCAAAUUACUACAUAAAUGAGAAAAAAAUCACCUACUAUAUCAGUCACCCUAGUCCUCUAAAAUCUGAAGAAUUCAAAUCUCACAAUAUACCAAAUAUAUAUUUGACAGUCAAGGAAAGGAAAAGGUUGCGCCGUCGCAACAGACAGGAGAAGGAAAAGGCUAAACAGGAUAAAAUUCGAAUUGGCUUAUUGCCUCCUCCCCCCCCUAAGGUUAAACUUUCAAAUCUUAUGAGAGUUUUGGGUUCUUCAUCAGUAACGGAUCCAUCAAAAGUGGAGUUUGAAGUUAGAGCCAAUAUGGAGCAAAGGCUCAAAUCCCAUAGUAUGAGGAAUGAAGCUAGAAAGCUGAAACCUGAAGAUAGGUCAAGAAAACAUGCAAAUAAGUGGAAAAUAACAAUUGGUGAAGUGGUACAUGUAGCAUUUUUUUCAAUUUCAAGUCUUGAGAAUUCCAAAUUGUUGUUCAAGAUUGAUAUUAAUGCUCAGCAAUUUCAUCUAACUGGCGUUUGUAUCAUUUGCCCUUACAUACCAGCGAUGAUAGUGGUAGAAGGUGGCGCUAUCGCAGUGAAGAGAUAUCGUAAAUUGUUACUUAACCGAAUGUCAUGGGAAGGAGAAUCAUGCAAACUGUUAUGGCAAGGCCAGGCAACCCAUCGCAACUUUGGCAAUUGGAAAGUUUCAAUAUUGCACAGUGAAGCUGAGGCCCGUGAUAUGCUGGGCGAGUGUGCCUAUUACUAUGAUAUGCUAAAGGAUCAUCAUAAAUCCGGCUCUUGCCACCAUCCAUCCAGUAUCACUUCCAUGCCCUCGGAAAAUUAG